AUGGCCAACAUCACGGAACCCAUCCCAGAGGCCUUUGAGACUCGCAAGCGCCAAAUCCUCGCCGACCUCUCGAUCCCAGACGCAGAGUACACAGAUCUUUCGCCCAAAGGAUCCGUGGACGAGGGAAUCCGCGAUCUAAUUCGCGACGUCAAUGCACAGCCCGGCUUAGUGACGACCAGUAGCUGUGCUGGGCGGAUCAGUGUGUUUCUUGAGGGGAGGAAAAAGCAAUCUCAGAAACCCCCGCAACAAGAGCAACAGCAACAGCAGCAGAGACAGUUCGCACCAUCUGGUGGAAAGGGUGCCGGACGAUGGUUGUAUGUCUCGCAUGAGCCGCUGAAAGAAGAGAUGAAGCAUGGUCAAUCAUUGCACGGGUUAUUUGGGCUUGUGCCGGGGGAUGGGAGACCACCGAGGCUGCAGGGCGAACAGGGCCAAGCCCCACGUCUUGUGCGCUUUCAUUUUGAUCCCAUGAUCCUCCACAUCAUGACUGCAACACUGCGACACGCAAACCCUGUUCUAUCAGCUGGAUCCAGUUCGGGUUUCCGAGAAAGCGGCUUGCAGAGUCUUCGCUGUUUGGAAGAUAGCGAAGGUAUCAGUCCAAUUGUUGCUGUCCGCUCAUCGGGCCUUUCGCUGGAAUCAGUCAUUGGCUACUGUGACGAUAGCAGCGGAGAUGACGGUGGUGAGCUGGUUAUCCACAGCCUAGUUACAGAGGAAUAUCUAGAAAUGCUGGUUGCCAUUUCGAACGAGCGAUUCUCGGUUAACACAGAGCGAAAGGAGAGAUUUCGGACAAGCCUGCUCGAGUUGUGCUAUCCAGAGAAGACCCCUGGCCCAAAGACAAAAACGAAAUCUAGGCCUCCUGGCUGGGAAGACCCUGAACAACGGAGAGAAAGGAAGAAAGCUGAAGGGUUAAUGAGGAAAAAGCUAUUGGAGAGCCAGGCGAAUGCAAGUGAUGACACGAAGGGGGAAGACGAUUUAUGA